AUGUUGAACAUGAGUGAGGUGCCCCUGCGUCCUCUCACCUUCAGCCGUUCCGAUCCUCUCCUGCAGCCUCUCUGGAACCAUCUGCUCAUGCACCACCGGCCUCUUAUCUCAUCUCCUUUUUUGCCGGUCCUGCUGGCUUUUUCCAGCUACGUCGUCUUCAGUACGCCUUUUGCCGUCAUGGACUUGCUGGGAGAAAGAGCGCCUUUGUUUCACAAAUACAAAAUCCAGCCAGGAAGGCGGCCCACGCUCGGAAUGAUGGCAAGGAGCUUCCAGACGUCUCUUUUUAACCACAUUUUCUUCGUUUUGCCGAGUGUGCUGGUCAGCAUGUUCAUCUUACCUCCGCCGGCGUUGCCUCAGGAAGCUCCCGCGCUCCUGGAGGUUUUCAUCGACGGUCUGGCUCUUCUUCUCGUCUUUGACACCCAGUACUACAUCUGGCACGUCGUACACCACAAACACGUGCAGCUGUACCGCUGUGUCCACGCCGUUCAUCACGAAUACUCGGCUCCUUUCUCCUGGUCCACCGAGCAGCUCAGCAUCCCGGAACUGAUGACGGUGGGACUGUGGAGCAACCAAGACCCCAUUCUGCUCAAAUGUCACCCGCUGACCACUUGGUGCAUCACGGUGCUUAGUAUCUGGAUGUCUGUGGAGGACCACAUAGGCUACGACCUACCGUGGGGUCUCAAUCGCUUGGUACCCUUCGGCUUACUGGGGGGAGCGCCUGCUCAUGACAUGCACCAUCAGAGGCCAAGUAGCAAUUAUGCUCCCUUUUUUAGCCACUGGGAUAAAAUCUUUGGCACUGCUGUCCCGCUCAGGAAAAAAAACUGA